AGCCCCAGAAUUGAGAUCCCAGCUGAUCUGAAGGAGAAGCAGUCUGUCACUAUAACCUGCUCAGCUUCCACUCCCUGUCCACACUCCCCUCCUAAACUCACCUGGAACCUCCAACAAGACUCUCACAGCAACACAGAGGAAAACACAGAUCGAACCUUUACAACUAAAAUCCAGGAGACCAUCACUCUGUCAGACCAACAUGAUGGAUACAACAUCACCUGUUCUGCCAGAUAUCCUGUGAAUGAAGGAAAAGAUGUCAAGACAGCAGAGGAGAGAAAGACUCUCAGUGUUUCAUAUGCUCCUAAAAACACCUCAGUGUCCAUCAGUCCAUCAGGUUUGGUGUCAGCAGGUAGCUGGGUGAACCUGACCUGCUCCAGCAGAGCCAAGCCUCCCGUCAGCCGCUUCACCUGGUUCAAGAGCAGCAAAGAUGGACCCAAGAAUGUAUCUGAAGGAGAGGUUUACAGCUUCAAGGUGACCAGUGUCACUGAUGGAGGAGUUUAUUACUGUGUGGCCACAAAUGAUCUUGGUAAUCAGACGUCAUCAGAGAUCCAUCGGAAAGAAACAGACAUACGCUCUGUACAAUGGCAGGCAAUUCUUGGAGGGAUCGUUGGGAUCAUUGCACUCAUCUGCCUGGUUGUCUGUGUUUGGUGUUUAAAGUCAACACGUCCAACUACACAACAGACUCAGAGUCAAGCAGGUGAAGAGCUGGCUGUUGAAGACCCAGCAGGUAAAACUGAAGAAAAAGAAAGAGACAUUCUUUAUAGAGAGAUUGACUUCUCCAAGCGGAGAGCUGCCCCGUCCUCUGACUCAGUGCAGGACAGUGGACAGCAGCAGGAUACUCUGUAUGCACAGAUCUCUACGCUCAAGUUAAGAAUAGAGUAGAAUUUGAA